CUGUUUGGAGAGCACACAAUGCAUGGCCACUCUUCCAUGAAGUCAGGCUUGAGGAGUUUGUCCCCAAGGAGGGGCUGGAAGGAAAUGAAUUUUGAAGCAGCACCUUUCACCACCUUGCCGUACUACCCUGAUCCCUGCAUCCCGCGGUUUGUAGAAACUCCGAGCCCCUUCUCCUGGAAGGAGAGUUACUACCACUCAGCCAUGUCCCAAAACUCUCAGCCCAGGGAAUUCCUCAGCCCAGAGGUAAUCCAGCAUAUCUGGGACUUCCUGGAACAGCCAAUAUGCUCGGUUCAGCCAAUUGAUUUAAACUUCAUUGAUGGCCCAUCUGAAGAUGGCUCCACAAACAAAAUUGAGAUCAGCAUGGAUUGUGUCCGGGUGCAGGACACCGAGCUGAAUGACCCAAUGUGGCCACAGUACACGAACCUGGGGCUCCUGAACAGCAUGGACCAGCAGAUCCAGAAUGGCUCUUCCUCCACCAGCCCUUACAACACGGAGCACGCGCAGAACAGCGUCACGGCCCCCUCGCCCUACGCCCAGCCCAGCUCGACUUUUGACGCCCUCUCUCCCUCCCCAGCCAUCCCUUCCAACACAGACUACCCAGGACCUCACAGCUUUGAUGUAUCAUUUCAACAGUCCAGCACAGCCAAGUCAGCAACAUGGACGUAUUCCACUGAACUGAAAAAGCUGUACUGCCAGAUCGCCAAGACGUGUCCCAUCCAGAUCAAAGUGAUGACCCCACCGCCUCAGGGAGCUGUCAUCAGGGCUAUGCCAGUCUACAAGAAAGCUGAACACGUCACUGAAGUGGUCAAACGCUGCCCAAACCACGAGCUGAGCCGCGAGUUCAACGAGGGGCAGAUUGCACCUCCCAGCCACCUGAUCAGAGUGGAAGGGAACAGCCAUGCCCAGUAUGUAGAAGACCCCAUCACCGGGAGGCAGAGCGUGCUGGUCCCCUACGAGCCACCCCAGGUUGGUACUGAGUUCACCACAGUCUUGUACAACUUCAUGUGCAACAGCAGCUGCGUUGGAGGGAUGAACCGCCGCCCGAUCCUUAUCAUUGUGACCCUGGAAACCAGAGAUGGGCAAGUCUUGGGCCGCCGAUGUUUCGAAGCCCGCAUUUGUGCUUGCCCAGGCAGGGACCGCAAGGCAGACGAGGACAGCAUCCGCAAGCAGCAAGUGUCCGACAGCACAAAGAAUGGUGAUGGUACGAAGCGCCCUUUUCGACAAGGAACUCAUGGCAUACAGAUGACAUCUAUCAAAAAAAGACGCUCCCCAGAUGAUGAACUCUUGUACUUGCCAGUGAGGGGACGGGAGACGUACGAAAUGCUACUGAAGAUCAAAGAGUCCCUGGAGCUGAUGCAGUUCCUUCCCCAGCACACGAUUGAGACCUACCGGCAGCAGCAGCAGCAGCAGCACCAGCACUUGCUCCAGAAGCAUCUCCUUUCGGCCUGCUUCAGGAGUGAACUCACGGACUCAAGGAGAGACCCUCCCAAACAGAUCGAUGCCAUCCUAAAACAUUCCAGCCCCCCAAACCCAUCAGUAUAUCCAUAAACCGAGUUGGCAGGGUCACUUUGCCCAGCUGGCAGGACUAGGAACAGUGGGGCAAAUACACAGCCUGAUAGUGGCAGAGUGAAUAGUGAGAGUACACUUCUGAAGGGACUCAAACUUUGCAAAAACAACAGACACUUGUACAGACCUCUUAGCUGUAACCCAUAGCAUUGCGAGGUCGGGAACCACGAUGUUGUCUGUCUUGGUGUAACAUUUUCCCCUUGGUGUAACAUUUUUGUAAUGUGUUAAUACUCUUCCUUCUUACUUCUGUAUUUGUGAAACUCUGUGGGGUUUCUCUGAGCAGGUCUCAAUUUUAAAAUGCCUCUUGUCUUGUUUAAGUUAAAAAAAUGUGUCAAUGGACUGGGGGGAUGGAAGCAGAGGAUACGUGUUUAAAUGGUCUGUGAUAGUCAAUUUGGCCUGUUUCAGUGCUGGCCAUGCACUAGUAUAAGUAGCUGAUGUAUUUUGUACUGCUGGACAGGGAGAGGUAAUAAUUAUAUGAACUGGCACUGCUAAGAAAUCAAUAUUUUUUUUCUGCAGAAAAGCCCUCAACUUUGGCAUCAUGAGUUGUUUCCACUUAUUUUCAACCCUAAGGGGUCUUGAUGUGAAGUACAUCAGAAUUGUAAGGAAGGCUGUGUGAUUUUGACUUUGCACCAGCUUUGCUGACUUUGAUCCAGCUUUAUUGAACUUAGGGAGUUCCUCCUGACUCUGUGGGCUUGACCCAAGUGGUGAGCUGAAUUGUACAAGCUGAAUGUGUGGUAGAGUUGUAAUGAUACCCCUGUGUGCCCAAUGUCCCUGUCCCUUUGCAGCCCUGGGUGUAAAGGGUAGAGUGUCCAAAACUCCCUAGUGCCCUAGCUGUGAAAAGGGGUUGGAGCUAGCCCCUCUCCUUACAGAUAUUCAGAAGUUUAGAUGUUGCCUUAACAUUUUCAUCAGCCCUCCUAUCUUUUUCCCCAUCUCUCCAAGCCUCAGAGUUCAAAGGAAAGCAGUGUCAUCACAUGUUGCAGUUGACUCAGCCAAAUGGCCUCAGGCCAUGUCCACCUUGCCCAUUAAUCCUGCAACCAGAGGGUCUUGCUAAUUGUGUCUGAAGUGCUUCUGGGUUUAGCAAGUCCUGCACAGAAGACUUUUUCUCAGCAAGGACUUGUAAAUUCUCACACUGCUUUUAUCAAACUCGGUCUCUGAAAGCCGUUCAUAUUGGACUUGGCUAGGAGGGGUUUGUGCCAAGCCCAGACUGUCACAAAAGAGGAACAAUCAACAGGCCGAUGACAUGCCAUGGAGUUAAGCUGGCUAUGUUGAGCAUGGCACUGGAUGGGGAUACUUCCAGUGAGGGAGAAGGGAUUUGAGGGUGGGCAUUUUGCCCACUGAGAGGUGCUCAAACAUCUUCACAUGAAGAGCAGCCCCUGAUGCUGGGAGAGAAGGGCUCUUCAACCCACACUCUCAGGCAUUGCUUCUGAGGAACCCUGCAAUGUUCACAGCAGUAAGACAUAGAAAUGUGAGGAAGUUACUGAAGGUACACAGGAACAGUGGCUGGAGAGCAGAGCUUGGUUGCAAAUGCCAGUGAUCUGCAGCUCCUGAGCAGCUCAGGAGGCUGUAUAAAUCCUGCUGGGGACCUGUGUUCCCUGCAGUGCAGUCUGCUGGAUUUAUCUGGGGCAGACACAGCUCUGACAAACGUGAGAUUAGGCAGCAUGAAGAGAAGGUGCCUCCCAAACACAGAGCAGGCUGCCUGGCCACCCACCAAGGAGAAAAAGCCUGAUGCAGUUGGAGAAGACCCUUAUCUCUGACCAUCACAUCAUCUGCUUCUAGGCAGCAGAGCAGGGAUCUGAGCAGGUGAUGACUCGUACUUGACAUCUCCUUUAGGAGCCAUAUCCCAUCUCUGGCUAUCUCCCAUGUCUUAGCAAGACUUGCUCUACCAUAGCAGUGUGAAAGAGGGCUGAUGGAAAAGAGCCCCCAAAAGCCCGCUGGAGUUCAGAAUAUCAAUAACUUAGCUAAUUAAGCACUAGCAGUGCCUACUUCAUACAGUUGCAGCUUUACCGUUGUUCCUUGUGUAAAGCUAAUCAAAAUCAAGUGCCUUGUUACCCUGCCUGGAAAUUCCAGGAAGUUCUUUGAGAUCACAAAGCAGGUCACUAUUGUUCUGUGCCUUUUUAUGUGGGAGAAGAAAGGCAAUGUGAUUCCUUUGCCUGUGAGUGGUGGGAACCUGAACUGUAAAUGCAGCCCAGAUGUAGGAUUAUGUUUGGCACUGUUUUCUGCUCUUCCAGUGAAGGUUUAUUCCUCGAUUUUUGCAUUUUCUGCUUCUGGAUGGCAAUAUGGAAGUACUGUGACAGGGAAAUACUGAUCUGUAUUUAGAGCACUGCUCCUGGACCUGUUCACCAGCAGGAAGUUUGAGGAGGCAUCCACAGCUUGCACUGGAAGAUUCCAGUUCAUCAUUUGGUGUGGCCUCUAGGAAAUGCCUUGUACUGUAAUGGGCAAUAUAACAUCUCAGACUUCCACUGAACAGGAAUGUAAAUUGUUUGUAUCCUAUUGUUUUCUGGAAAGACUUUCUGAUUUGUCUCACUUGGCUGUAAGAGCAUGAUGAUUGUGAUGCUGAUCUUAGUGGUGACUUGAUUUGCUUUCCAACUACCAGGUGGUUAUAUUAGAAGGUGCUAUUCUUUUUUUUCUUUUAUCAACUACCUGGAGCUGAAAGCAAUUUGAGUUGUUCUGUAGUCUGUCCUCUGCAGAUAAAAUGAAAACUUUACCCCAGCUGUCUUUUCAGUGCUUCUUUGCCAUCUCUGUGUCUUCAGGAAAAUAAGCCUUUUCCUUUCAAGGAAUAACCAAGUGGACUAAUUGGGCCUUAUCAGGUACUCAGGUUAUAUCAGUCUGUGUCAACUACUUGAUAUAUAUCCACUCCCUGUAUUACAGCUUCAUUCCCUGGAGAGCAGAUUGCAUCCAUGGCCUGCCUUGAGAAAUUCCCAUACCUGAAAUCUAAGGGGAGUCAUUAUUGCCACCCCUGGCCCUGUGCUGUAGUUCCUGUCUGCCCAGUAACUGCUGGAGCUCCUCCUUUCCAUGCUCCCAGGGAGGUACCAAGCCUUCAAACCACUGGAGUGAUUGAAAAGAUGCACUGUUACUUGCUUUAGAAUAGAAGCAGUUUGGGAUGUGGGGAGUAAGGGCAUUUCUCUGCUUUUCAGUGUCCUGCUGCUUCAUGGGCCUUCAAAUCAGAUUAAUGACACUGAGCAGCCUCUGUGUCACUUGUGUGCCCUUAUUAGACUACAUCAGUGACACCCCAGUGUUACACAGCCCUGUGGGAAACCUUGCUUUAAAAACUACUGUCCAUGAGCACUCUGGCCUUGUGUCAACCAGGGAUAUGAUCCUUGGUGUGGCUGCUGGAAGGGAGGGCAGACACAGAACUGGACAGCUCUGAUUCUUCUUGUGUGUCUCUGCACUGACUGCCUCUGGGUCUGCAGGGACAGCAAACUGCAGGCACAGGGGCUUGGGUGAAAUCUUAAACUCUGAGCCUGAUCUGCCCAAUUGCAUUUAAUGAACCUUUGAUGUAAUUUAGGGCUGCUUACAUGGCUGUGUGCUCCUCUAGCCAACAAGGACUCUGAUCUGCUCAGUCAGGUAGUUGGUCUGUCCCAGCAGUUUGCUGCCUCUGGUGAAGGGCAGCUGUCCAGUGAGCUGGGAAAAUGUAGAGUUAUACGAGACUGUGAACUGAACUUUGUUCAUGUAUGGGACAAGAAAGUUCCCUCCUGACCUCUUGUGAUGAUCAGUAUAUGCCUUGAAGCAUGAGAGACUGAUUGCCCUCAUAAGAGCUUGCAUAACUACAAAUGUUAUUUGCUAAAUAAUUACAUAGCCUCUUGAAGAGGAAAAACUCAGUUGCAGAAGGUGACUCAGUGCCUUUUGUAUCAGACUGUUCCAAGAAGUAUAAUAGUCUCUUAAUUGAAGUCCUUAUACCUUGAUAUUAAAAGGCAUUUCAUUGGCAUUGAUAUCAAAGAAAUGUUAAUGCUCUGACUUCUAAUCUUUCUUGAGACCUAGUAAGUGAAAUUUUAAUGAAAAUCACUGUGCAUGACAUUCUUAUAUCUGUUUUUAAAAAUCGAGGAGAAAAAGCAAUAUAUUUUAAAUGGGUCCUCAAACACCAUGUAGUCCUUGUGCUUAAUCCAAAAGCAUUUUCUUGUGUUUCUAAGGCUCUUGCUAUAUUGAUGUGUGACAUUAAUUUUCAAUAAAAUUUUGCAUCUUGGUUUAUCUUGAGACUUCUCUUUGGCUAGAUGGCCUUUUAAACAUGUGCUCUUGUGAUGGAAUAGCUUAGUUGAAACUAGUGUGGGUACAAAAAAAAAUGCUUUUGUUUUCUGUUUUACUCCCUUGAACUUGAUGAUGUUAAUCUUGCCUCUUGUGAGUAUGAAUGAGAUAAGCGUGGAGUCCCUAAGCUAUGUGUUAAAGUAUGCCUUUAUUUUAUAAAGUGUUUGUUCUAAAGUCUUGGGCUGGGUUGUCUUUGAUUGCUUUUUGUUUUUCUUUUAGCCCCAAGUAUUUGUAGUCUCCUAAUUAGCUUUGCUGAGGUCACUGUUGGUGGUGGAGAGGGCAAAGAUAGGCCCACUGCUGACCUCAAGCAAUGCAACUCAGUGUCCUUUGGGAAGCCUUUGUUGAUUUGAUUUGGAAUUUUGCUGUGUUCAUUGACCUCCUCACUUGCAGAUCAUGCAGAUUUUGCUGUAAGAGACUCUUCAGGUGUGUGUUAAUUUCAGCUGAAGCUCAAGUGCCUGAACACAUGAAGUAGAAAUACUCAUUGGUCCUAAAUCCAAAAGCCUUUUGGGCUAAGGGCACUGUGAACUUGAUUUGAAUUUCAUGGCUGCCCUCAACUUUCAUAACUGGGGAAUUGAAACAUCAGAUCUGAAUCUUCCCCUUCACUCUGAAAAGUCAGGUCUGAACUUCAUGGCUCGGUUUCACUUCCCCUUGGGAGCUGCUGCCAUUGUUAAUAUUAAUUUGUGAAGCUUCUUGUGCUUUCCACUUCCUUGAGUCUGUGAAGUUUGCUGGAUCUUGUCCUGCAUCUUCACUGCCAAAGGACAGUUCACACCCUUCUGUACCUCCUGUAAUUGUGUAAUUAGGUAACAUUUCUUCAGGGCCUUAGAUACUCUAGCCUGUUAGCAUAGAUGUUUUCUCCACCCAACACUGCAAGUCUUGAAAGUGCAGGAAGCUGGAGACAAUGUAAUUGUAUGGAACUUGACCUUGAAUGCUGAA